AUGCCAAGGAGACGAAACGGUGAGAUACCCUUGCCCGACGGAUGGGAUUACGCAAGGGACUUUGACGGAAAGUUGUAUUUUAUCGACCACAACAGUAGGAAAACGACGUGGAUCGACCCGCGAGACAGAUACACAAAGCCGCAAUCGUUCGCGGACUGCAUCGGCAAUGAGCUACCACUCGGCUGGGAGGAGGCUUACGACCCUCAGAUCGGGCCCUACUACAUCAACCAUCUCAAUCAGGUGACGCAGAUCGAAGACCCGAGGCUAGAAUGGCUGAGCAUCCAAGAAGCCAUGCUCCGGGAGUACCUCCACACGGCGCAAGAGGCGCUAGAGCCACAGCUUUCAGCAUACCUGUCACGUCCGCAAGGUUCGCACUCUGCCAGAGUCCCGUUAACGCUCGCGUGUCGAGGCGCGGACGUGACGGAGAUCCGCGGCCGCUAUCCCGGAUCCGCGGAUUCUACGACGCGGAUUUCGCAUUUGAUCCGA